AAAACCUUCUCUUCCAUUGGCAUCAUGGUCAGUCAGUGUUAGAGACCGACACAACCAACAUGUUAGCUCUUAAAUCUCUAAUUCUGAUCGCGUUUCUAGCCUACGAGGCUUCAUGUUUGGCCAACCUUGAAGAAGUUUUUGCUUGGAAAGAAUUGUCUUUUGCUUGGCCCAACGAAGAAACCAAAAAUGCCGCUAUCAAAAACGGCGAAUAUGUACCGGCACAUAAUCUGCCCUUGGGAUUGGAUAGGUGGAAAAAUAAAUUGUUUGUCACUGUACCCAGGUGGAAAAGUGGUGUAGCAGCUUCACUCGGUUACGUUUCUCUCGACGAACCUAUCAACAAAACCGCCUCAGUUAUCCCAUAUCCUAAUUGGGAAGCUAAUACUUUGCCUAAGGGAGAUGCGAAACUAGAGGGAGAUAACCAUAUUGUAUCAGUAUUUAGGGUUGCAGUGGAUUCGUGUGAUCGUCUAUGGGUUUUAGACACUGGCUUAGCUGAUAUUUUAGGAGAUCCAAAGGUUCUUGGAUCACCAGCAAUUCUCAUCUAUGAUUUGAACACCGACCAACUUCUUAAACGGUAUAACUUGAAACAUGAAGACCUGAAGCAAGAUUCUUUCUUUGCCAACAUUAUUAUAGAUGUAGAUAAAAACAAAUGCGAGGAAGCUUUCGCAUACAUUCCCGAUCUGGGUGGAUAUGGUAUUGUAGUCUAUUCCCUCAAAGACGAUGAUUCUUGGAGAUUCAAACACAACUAUUUCCAUUUCGACCCUCUUCAUGGAGACUUUAACGUUGGUGGUGUUAAUUUCCAAUGGACCGAUGGAGUUUUUGGUCUGGCGUUAGGAACUCCAGAUCAGCAAGGAUUCCGCACAGUCUUCUUCCAUCCUUUGGCCAGCUUGAAUGAGUUUUCAGUGAACUCUGCUGUUCUGAGAAACAAGACUUUAACUAGCGACCCUCAUAUUUAUUAUGAGUUUAAGUUGGAGGGAUUUAAAGGAGACAAAUCCCAAACAUCAGCUUCAGUGUUUGAUCAAAAAUCCAAUACGUUGUUUCUCACGCAAUUGAAUAAAGACGGUAUAGCUUGUUGGAAUCCAAAGAAGGCCCUGGAACCAGAAAAUGUUGCUUUGUUUGUGAGUGAUAAAGAAAAACUUAUUUUCACCAACGAUAUAAAGAUUGAUUCUGAUAGAAACUUGUGGAUACUUUCGGAUAAAAUGCCCCAGUUUAUCUACCACGAACUUGACGGCAAUCAAGUAAAUUAUCGAAUUUUGAAAGUUAAAGUGGAUGAUGCUAUCGCAGGAACAACAUGUGUUGGUUAAAUUAUAAAAUUAUGUUAAUAUUUAUCAAUCUUGUAUAGGUAAUAGCAGGUUGUAAAAGAACCCAGCUUUUGAAAUAAACAAAUUUGAGAAAUUAUAUUUAUUUAUUA